CCUGCCCAUCGUCUUUUCUCAUACCUCGAUUCUUUUCUCUCGUUCUUCUUCUCUCAUUUCCCUUCUUCUGCUUCUUUUCUGUCGUAUUCACCCUCUUUGGCUCGUCAGCUAUCCCGCGUGACAUUCUUCCGCUGGACUUACAUUCCCUCCCUUUAUCUUUGAUAGGGAUCCCCAGUCGCUCUUUAGCCGGUUUUUUAUAUAAAUUUAAUGCUCUAAUCAUUCCAGCGUUCAGUCUAUGGCUCGUCGCUUUUUCGCCGCCUGCAGCGCCCUGCUGCUGACGACACAGGUAGCCGCCGACAAUUUCCCCUUCACCGGUUACCGCACCGCAAACUAUCUCCCUCCUCAGAUCAAAAUCACCAAGUCCGGCAAAACCGAUCCUGGCUACCUCUUUAUCGGUCCCCGUGGGAAUCAGGCCCAUGGAACAGCAGCUCUGAUCUACGAUGAGGAUGGAAAUCUGGUAUAUGAAGGUCCCGAGGAGGUGACGGCCAACUUCCGCGUGCAGAAACUCUUCAACGAGGAUGUCAUCACCUUUUGGGCCGGUAACAUGAUGGAUCUGGGAUUCGGAUAUGGCACGGUACAUAUUCUCGACAAUACCUACCGCGAAAUCUACACCGUCACCCUUCAGGACAACUUUGUCUCGCCCGACGGCCUUCCCCGCGACUCAUACAUCGAUCUACAUGAGAGUCAUGUGACGGACCGCAACACCCUUCUCGUGACGGCCUACAACGUCACCCAGCAUGACCUGACGUCCAUCGGAGGAAAGCCAGAUGACUACAUGCUUGAUGGCAUGUUUUUCGAAAUCGACAUUGCGACCAACGAGAUUGUGUACCAGUGGAGCGCGUUGGACCACCUUGCGGACAUUCCCAUCGAGGUUUCCAAGCAGGGCUUGGGAGAGGAGUACGGCACUCCGGAUAUGCCGUGGGACGCCUACCAUAUCAACUCGGUCGAGCUGAUGAACGACGGGUACAUUAUUUCGCUGCGGCACUACUGGUCCGGAUUUUACGUCCAUAACAACGGGACGGUGAUGUGGCGACUCAGUGGUGAACCAAAUGUCGGCGACUUUGAGAUCGAUGACAACGCUGCUUUCUCGUGGCAGCAUGAUAUCCGGGUGUACGACCAGACGGAACAAGGCCUGGUGGUCAGUCUGUUCAACAAUGCCAACACGCCCACAGAUACGGUGGAUGCGACCACCGGCUUGAGUCUGAAUGUGGAUCUGGUCAACCGCAAGGUGUCGACGCUGCGCACCUUGAAAGAUUCACAGGAUGUGAUACACAGUGUCAGCCAGGGGAGUUACCAGCUGCUCGGCGAGUCGUCCCACGUCGUGCUGGGCUACGGUUCCAUCGCGCGGGUCAAAGAGUUUGACGCCAACAACAAUGAGGUGAUGACGGCGCAAUUCGGGGACGACAAUGCGGUGGCGUCGUACCGGGGCUUCAAGUGCCAGUGGAAGGCGACACCUUUCUGGGCGCCGGCGGUGGCCAUCAUCCGGACAGCGUCGGAUUCGGCCACCAUGUUUAUGAGCUGGAACGGGGCUACCGAGUAUGACAACUGGGCGGUAUAUUCCGCCUCGUCGGCGGAUGGGGAGCCGACAUUUGUGACAUCGGUCAAACGCGACGGGUUCGAGACCAAGUUGCAUGUAACGGGAAUGCGCACGAACUGGCUACAAGUGGUUGCUCGGAAGGGUAACAUUCCGUUGGGCACAUCGGUGAUGGCGUACUACUAAUGCCAGUGGAGAUUUGUAUAUAUGGUUUGUAAAUAGCACCUGACUGAUCACCUUACCUUGACUGGAUCAUGGUAUUUGCUUAAUAGUAUACGAAUAUACAUAUUGCUUGAC